AUGCCUAUCCGCAGCCACGACGCUAUCCCUAGCUUUAUCCAGCUGGAGGAGCAACACCAACUUCUCUCGACAAGGCCUGAUUCAGCUAUUGUCGCCCCUUCUGUCCAGCAGAGGUCCCAACCCAAGCGAGUUCAUCAAGCUAACAGGGUUAGCAGCAGCGCCAGUAAGAACAAUAUGGACAAAUUAUCGCCACCAAUAGAGCAAACUACGACCAUGUUCAUGAGGCGCCUCAACAUCUCCCACAAUCCACAUCACCACCCACAUGCCAUCAGCAAGCGUGGGGGACAUCGGUCUGCCACAUUGAGAGUGAGAGGAAAGCACGGCGCUGUAAAAUCACCUCAUAUGUACUCGUCAGUUCAUUGUCGACAUUCUGUUGAUAUCCAUAGCAGUGAUCCUCUGCGUAAAUUCAAUUAUUCUGGUCCAUUUAACCAAGAGAGCCGUCUGGUUCUCCUCAAAAAGUAUAUGCAAAGUCGCCGCAUUCAUCUACGCCAACGUCUCACGCGGCAACACCUACAACAGCAUGACUCUCUCGAUACCUCAGACAUGUCGUUGGAUGAAGCAGACCUUAUGGAAGAAGAUGAUGACGUCCGUGAUCAACAGAGCGAUCUCAACAGCGGGUUAGCAACGGACCAAGAGCAGUAUCGUCGAUACAUGUGGACAUUGGAGCAACGGCUGCGAGAGAGGAUCCGGUCGGCUGAAAGGAGUCGGUCUCACUUCUUGAUGGAGCGACGGCUCUCUGCAGGGGAAAGAGUGGAUCAUGCUUAUCGUGUGGUCCAAAGACAGCGCACGGAGCAAGAGGACCGUCAGCAUAGAGCUCGUGAUAAACUGGAACAGAAGAUGAUGCGAGCCAUGGCAAGAAGAAAUGCUUAUCUUGAGGCUGCUAUCGAAAAUGAUCCAUCUCGGAGGUUCCGACGCAAGAGCUCCGGCACUACUAUUAACUCUACUGCCCCUAUCACUAGCAUCAAUAAGGUUACGACUCAUCUUGACAAGGCAAGCACUCCAGAGGUAAAGAGACCCUCAUCUGAUCUUGAGGUUGCAGCGCCGAUAGCAGUAACGAAGGUCCCAAACAUGAAGAUAUUCCCAACAGUCAUUAGGCCAAACUCGUCCUUCGUUGGCAAAAGCACUACGGGUCGCAAGAAUGAAGCACAUAAACAUGGAUCGACUAAAAAUAGCCUGACUGACAUGACCCAAGUGACAGAUGAGAAGCACUUGACCAGCAUGACCACGCGAAAAUGUAUAUUGCCAACAUUGACAACUAUGACGAAGAUAUCGCCGCUCUCAGGUUCUUUGCAGCAGAAGCAUCAUAAUUCAACGGCUGAUAAUGAUGUGGAAGCUAGUGCAGUAGCGGGUGUACAUAGAGAUAUGAAAAUAACCGCAACGUCAGAGAUGCAGCGACACAGCUACGAACGAUUGAUACAGAGGGCGUCGCGUGACUACAUCAAGGCGAUAGGGUCGCAUCAAUACAUCUUCACCCUCGGUUUUGAUGAGUUGGCACGACUGUUGCACACAAGUAAACCUCUGAUCCAUGCCACGCUUCGGUUGCUCAAGUACUCUUCGCAGCUAGUCCAACUGACCCAGGACAACGGCACGGACCACAAUCAAACGUUUGAGAAGUACAAGAACCCAGCGCGCGUUUUUUUAAGCAUGUACAUGGUCCUAGCACACCCCAGUCAGAUCCGGUCCCCCACAGAGGUAAUGACGGUUUCUUGUUUCAGUUAG